UUCGCCACCGAAGAAGAAAAAGGCGGAAGUCAACGCGACUCGCGGUUGGCUAGCUAACGCAAAUUGCAAUCGUAAAAAUGUGCAAAGUGCGUUUUUUAAAAGAGUUGGUGAAGCAGCGACUCAACGUGGCUGUCGAAGAGAUUUUCCAAGUCUUUGAGAGAACCUUGGUGGACUACGAGGAAGAACUUUGUCGAAGCAAAGAGGAGAACGAGCGACAACGACAACUUCUGGACGCUCUUCUCAAGCCACAAAUUGGAUUGCACGCAGCUGAAAUUCAAAAAGUGUUGGUGGAAAGCGAAGAAAAUGUUCCUCCCGACCAGCACAAGGAGCCAGCGGCGCCCCCGAAUGUAAAACAGGAAGCAGACGACAGUGGCGGGUGGCGUGGCGUCACAGUGAAAAACGAAAUCUCGGAAGCUAACGGCGAGCUAGCCGACGCCGUGUCGAACGACGGCACCUCCGACGAUGACAACGCAGACCCCAAAGGUGACGACAGCCCUCUCGUCUUGGCUGAAUGCGGCAAAACGUUCGUUCAGCGCGGCAGUGUAAACCAACAUAGCGACGAGAAACCGUUCGCGUGUUCCUAUUGCGGUAAGAACUUCACCAGGAAGUCCGACUUGAAGGUUCACGUGCAGGUCAAGCACACGGGGGAGAAACCUUUCAACUGUGACAUUUGCGGAAAAAAAUUCCCCGUCAAGAAAUAUCUCACCAUACACAUGAGGAGGACACACUCUCUGGAGAAACCUCUCGUUUGCUCUCCGCGCACUCAAAAUUCCCCGACUAAAUCAGAACUGGACAUGCACGACAACGCGCUUUCCGGUUCUUCUCGUUCUCCCGAGACUGCUAAAGAAAGCGCUUCGAUGCCAGCCGCCGACAACGCCUUCAUCUGCGCGGAAUGCGGUAAAACCUUCAGCUUGAAGGGAACGUUAAAACGUCACAUGCGCACGCACACCGGCGAGCGACCUUUCAGCUGCGGCGUGUGCUCCAAAAGCUUCUCCACCAAAUCCGACAUGAAGACGCACGUGGAGACUCACUCGGGCACCAAACCGUUCGCCUGCGGCGUGUGCGGCGAGGCCUUUUCCCUCAAGCAGUACCUGAAGAUCCACAUGAAGAGGCAUUUCGCCGACAAGCCUUUCAGCUGCAACGUCUGCGCCAAACGCUUCUUCACCAAAGCUCACCUGAAGACGCACACGAGGACGCACACGGGCGAGAAACCGUUCGGCUGCGAGGUGUGCGGUCGCUGCUUCUUCUGCAAGCGAGACGUGCGCACGCACAUGAGGACGCACACCGGAGAGAAACCGUUCGCGUGUCCCGUCUGUCACAAAGGCUUCUCCACCAAAGCGUACGUCACCAUGCACAUGCGGACGCACACAGGAGAGAGGCUGUUCAGUUGCGACGUCUGUCAGAAAAGAUUCACCUUUAAAACGCAAGUCAACAGCCACGUAUGUACGAAGGACAAAAACGGACAAAAAGACAACGCUGGACUUUAAAGGUCCUAAGAAAGUGACUUUAAAUUGAUAGCUGAGCAUAUUCUGGACACAUACAGUGUAUCACAAAAGUGAGUACACCCCUUGCAUUUCUGCAGAUAUUUAAGCCGUAUUUUUCGGACUACAAGUCGCACCUGAGUAUAAGUCGCACCAGCCAUAAAAUGCCCAACGAAGAGGGAAAAAACAUAUAUAAGUCAUACCGGAGUAUAAGUCGCAUUUUUGGGGGAAAUUUACUUGAUAAAAUCCAACACAUAAAUCAGAUAUGUCAUCUUGAAAGGCAUUUUAAUAUAAAAAUUAGGGUUGUUCCGAUCAUGUGUUUUUGCUCCCGAUCCGAUCGUUUUAGUUUGAGUAUCUGCCGAUCCCGAUAUUUCCCGAUCCAAUUGCUUUUUUUUUGCUCCCGAUUCAAUGCCAAUCAUUCCCGAUCAUUUUUCCCGAUCAUAUACAUUUUGGCAAUGCAUUAAGAAAAAAAUGAAUAAAACUCGGACGAAUAUAUACAUUCAACAUACAGUACAUAAGUACUGUAUUUGUAUAUUAUGACGAUAAAUCCUCAAGAUGGCAUUUACAUUAUUAAUAUUGUUUCUUUGAGAGGGAUCCACAGAUAGAAAGACUUGUGACUUUGUAUAUUGUGACUAAAUAUUGCCAUCUAGUGUAUUUGUUGAGCUUUCAGUAAAUGCUACUGUAACCAUUUAACUUCUGCCCAAAUGCAUGAUGGGAAGUGCAACCAUGACUGUGCGCAGUGGUACCAAUUGAUAUAUCUUUUCUGCUUUGGGAAAUAAUAUAGGGUGUUAAGACAAAGAUGAAUUACUACCUUUCUUCCCCACAUUGCUUCCCACGAUAUUUCUAAUCGUAGGGAGAGGGAUUGUAAGGCUUUAGCCAAUUAAAAAAAGGCUCCAAAGGCUGCCA